AUGGCUGAGGAAGCUAGCCAAGUGGCCAGUGCUAAUACAGAGCCCAAAAAAACUAGAAAUUCCGGUAAAGACGCGCCCAGACCGCAUGUAUGUCCUAUAUGCCAGCGAGCAUUCCGUCGGUUAGAACACCAAACUAGGCAUUUAAGAACCCACACGGGUGAAAAACCACACGCCUGUGAUUUCCCAGGCUGUGCGAAACGGUUUAGUCGUAGCGAUGAACUAACCAGACAUCGUAGAAUCCAUACAAAUCCACAUCCGCGAGCUAAGAGAGGGCGUAAGAAGAAAAUCCCAGUUGAAGAGCCAGGGAAAUCGUUUGCAUCUUUCGAAAUAGGCGAUACACCAUCACCAUCGCCGCCUCAGACAGGAACAGUGGUUUCACCACCCAUUUCAACCAGCAAUAGCAGAACUCGUCUCAGCGCACUAUCGCCUUUACAGGCAAUGACUCCAGCUACAGGUUAUAUGGAUACUCCAGAGACUAGUAGGGGCACCCAGGGCAGACAUAUCGUACUACCGCGACCUGCCUCAUUGACAGAUUUCCACUUAGUAAACCACGGCGCUAUGCACAAGGGAAUGAAGCGGCCUAAGUCGGCAUUAUCGUUGAACAAUCUACUCAACGCACAAAGCACAUCCUUUGGGAUCAGCAGCGGUCAAAACUCAGACUCGGACUCCGACUACGACGAAGACGACGGCUUAGAAGAACCCCACUCCCAAGAUGACGACCACUACGAAGAACAGGCACGUAAGAAGUCAAAGACAACUACUCCCACUUCGAGCUUAAGCAGAACUACGAGCUCAACAAGCUUACACAACAUAAUAGGCAUGCAACCGUUAGUCCCGCCGCCAAUGACUACUACAGCAAACUUCCCACAAGAGCUCAAUGAUAAACUACUAGCAAUACAGCAAGAAAGACAGGCUACAACCCGCACAUCACUGACACCCGCAGUAACGGCACCUACAUCACCAUUGAUGUCCCCGCUACCCCAUUCCACCCGCGAAAGUGAGAAUUCACUACCACCCAUACGGAGUUUGCCUCUCCAGUUCCCAACAGGCUAG